AUGACUGCUAUCAAGCAUGCCCUGCAGAGGGACAUAUUCACUCCAAAUGAUGAGCGCCUCCUCAGUAUUGUGAACGUAUGCAAAGCUGGAAAAAAGAAGAAAAACUGCUUUUUAUGUGCCACAGUAACAACGGAGCGUCCAGUUCAUGUUCGAGUGGUGAAAGUAAAGAAAUCUGACAAAGGGGAUUUCUAUAAGACCCAGACCACAUGGCUGCUGCAAGACCUGACAAUGGUGGAUGCCAAAGAUGACCUCAAGGAAAACCCUGACUUUGAUCUGCAUUUUGAUAAAGUCUACAAGUGGGUCGCCAGCAGUCCAGCUGAAAAGAAUGCUUUCAUUUCCUGUAUCUUGAAACUAAACCAAAGAUACCUGAGAAAAAAAAUUGACCUUGCCAAUGUCAGUCCGCAGCUUUUGGAAGAGUCUGUUCCUAGUGGAGAGAACCAGAGUGUGGCUGGGGGAGAGGAAGAAGCAGCUGCCGAAUACCAAGAGCUGAAUGCUAGGGAGAAGCAGGAUAUCGAGUUCAUGAUGGAGGGCUGUGAAUAUGCCAUUUCCAAUGCUGAGGCCUUUGCUGAGAAACUUUCAAGGGAGCUACAGGUCCUGGAUGGGGCAAAUAUCCAGUCCAUCAUGGCUUCAGAGAAACAGGUUAACAUCCUUAUGCAGUUGCUGGACGAGGCCCUAAAAGAGGUGGACCAGAUAGAAGGGAAGCUGAGCAGCUAUGAAGAGAUGUUGCAAAGUGUGAAAGAGCAGAUGGAUCAGAUUUCUGAAAGUAACCAUCUCAUUGAGCUCAGCAAAACCAACAGUGAGAGACUGCUGGGCGAGAUUGAGUUUCUUGUUAACCACAUGGACCUAUCAAAGGGUCACAUUAAAGCCCUUCAAGAAGCUGACCUUUCUUCCUCUCGUGGUAUUGAGGCUUGUACUAAUGCAGCGGAGGCUCUUCUACAGUGUAUGAAUGUAUCUCUUCAACCAGGACACUCAAUGCUUCAAGCUGUAAAACAGCAACAGCAGCUCUUCACUGACCUCAGAGAGCAGUUUGCUCGCCGACUAGCCAGCCACCUAAACAAUGUAUUUGUCCAACAGGGCCACGAUCAAACUUCCACGCUUUCAGUUGAAAUGACCCUACCAAACCACCAUCCUUUCCACCGAGAUCUUCUACGAUAUGCCAAACUGAUGGAGUGGCUGAAAAACACUGAAUAUGCUAGAUAUGAAGGACUUAUGAAGAACUACAUUGAUUAUAUUGUGCGGUUAUAUGACCGAGAGAUCAGGGAUUUCUUCGAGGUGGCUAAAAACAAGAUGACUGGUGCCACCAAAGAAGGAAAGAAGUUUGCUACGCUGCCUCGAAAAGAGAGUGCCGUGAAACAGGAGACAGAAAGUCUUCAUGGGAGCUCUGGAAAAUUGACGGGAUCCACAUCCAGUCUGAAUAAGUUGUCAGUCCAGAGUUCAGGAAGUCGCAGGUCUCAGUCAUCUUCAUUACUGGAUAUGGGCAACAUGUCUGCCUCUGAUUUGGAUGUCGCUGACCGCACCAAGUUUGAUAAGAUAUUUGAACAGGUCUUAAGUGAACUGGAGCCGCUUUGUCUGGCAGAACAAGACUUCAUCAGUAAAUUCUUCAAUCUAUCUCAGCAUCAGAGCAUGUCUCGGACAUCUAUGGUAAGGUGCACUGUUUAUUUAUUAAUGGUAGUUGUGUUAGUUUUAUUACCAUUUCUGUCUAGUUUAUUGUUUUCAAGCCAGGCAAUAAAAAGCUACAGAGUGCAAAAAGAAAAAAAAUAG